AUGGAGGAGAGUUUGAAGGUGUAUAACAAGUACACAUUUGGUAUUUACAAUUUAGAAAAAAGUCAGUUUGACUGGAAAAGAGCUAAUGUUAUGAGACUGGAUAAUUUUCGUUGUCGAGCAAUCACUGUGCUGAACACGGAUGACAGCUUCACGAUUAUUGUCUGUCUAAUGUCAACAAAAGAUUUGUUGAUCUUCCCACUGAACUCUACUCUGCAUGAUAAUCAAGAGGAUAAACUCAAUCAGUCGUUAGAUGAAUAUAUCAAUGAAAAUCGACCAGUUCAACAGGCAGACACGAAUCCAAACAGGAGAUUUUUACAGAAUACUAUUCACAUUAGCCUGCCUAAUCCAUAUGAAAUUAACUUGAACACAGGAACUGUUAGCUUAUUUCCAGAGAUGAAUGAAAAAUGGAUUGAUAAUAUGGAAUUAUUUAAUCAAUUGUGUUUAACUUCUAUCCGACGAAUAUCAGAUACGGACAUUUAUGACGAUGGUAACACUGCUCGAGUGAUGAAUGACGAAGGAGAGAAGGACACACUGAAUGCCUAUCACUUAUGGAUUAGAGGAACGAAAAAGGAUGAAGAUAAAAUUCAGACUAAGCUGUUCCGUACUACUUUGAAGUUUGCACGAAGUGAAUCUUUGGAUCGUCCAUCUGAGAUGAAUAUUGAAGAAGCGAAUGAGGAUGUUUACUGCGAACCAAUACAGAUUCAUUCCAAUAAAUUACUACAAAGCAGAAAUUGCAAUAAAGAUGCAAGAAGACAAAGAUUUCAGAGAAUUUGGGAAAAUUUGACAUCUGAAAGUGUUUACUAG